AUGAAGCUUUUCAUAGCAAUUCUGUCAAUUUUUCUUGUUCUUGUCUCAUCUUUUGUUCAUCCAUCCAUGGCUAAUGCGAUCAAGCCUACCACCAAAUUGGGUGGUCAGGCCCACACUGACAUCCCAGUCUCCACCACUGAUUCAAAUUUGGAUUGUGGAUCAAAGUGUGGUGUGAGAUGCAGUAAAGCAGGACAUGAAGGAUGUGCGGAUUGUGGAUCCAAGUGUGGGGUGAGAUGCAGUAAAUCAGGACAUGACCGCUGUAUGAGAUUUUGCCAAAUUUGCUGUGAGAAGUGCAAUUGUGUUCCAUCUGGUACUUAUGGCAACAAACAUGAAUGUCCUUGUUACAGAGACAUGAGGAAUUCUAAGGGCAACCCCAAAUGCCCUUAA